AUGGCUCUUUUCUCCACGUCUCAGAUGGCGCUGUCCACCGGACUAAUGCUCUUCCUAUGGUGCUCAAUUGGAAUAGCAUACCCUCUGUACAACCACUUCAUUCCCAUUUACUUGGAGGCAGAAGGUGUCGUUUGUGGGAUCCCUGCCUCCGUGAUUGGCGGAUUUACCGUUGAGAUGAAAUGCAUCGGACGCAAAGGCACUGGAGCGACUACCUGUCUAUGUACCGGAGUUUUCCUGUUUCUAUUCAUGAGAGCCGAGACACCGACCAGCGUGCUCGGGUUCUCCUGUAUAAUUAAUUGCCUUUUUCCAAAUCUCGUCUUAAGGAUUGCUCUAUUCGUACACCCCUGA